AUGACCGUGGGAUUUACACGGUCAACGGAUGGAUUACGCGCUUCGUUCGCGUAUGAAAGUGUUUGUGAAUCCGCAUGCCGUUUUUGUAAGCGCAUUCACGGGCUAGGGGAAGUCAGACAGGAGGGUUACAUUAUUGCUUUAGAAAAUGGUGGUGUUUGCAGGUUCACCUCCCACACGGACAACGGCUGCCCCGACGGCUACAUGCAGAUCGAGGAGCUGAGUCGGCCCCUCAACGCCGGCUACUGGUGCGGGACGUCUUGGGGCCACAACGUCUUCUACUCGGAGACGUCGGCGAUCACCGUCAUGCUCAGGGUGUUCAAUGUCACCGACGACGGGGGGAGGAAUAACCCUGGGGCGUUCUCUCCCCGGGAUACGGUGAUGCUGGGGAUGUCCUACCGGUUCCUGAAGAGGGAGAGGGCGGUGCUGCGGUACGGGGCGCCCUACAGCCCCAGCUACCGCGGGGAGGACGUGCCCAAUUCCUUCUGCGACAAGUACUUCGAGAACUGCGACAAGAAGAACUGCAAGGUGCAGUCGCCCAACUUCCCCGGCAUGUACCCGCGGAACCUGACCUGCUACUACCACAUCCGGCAGAUGCGGGAGCCCGAGGGGAAGGUGGCGCUGAUCCGCGUGCGGCAGCGGAACCCGCACCUCAUCUACAUCAAGGACCGCAACGCCCCGCACCUCACGCGGGAGAGGAAGCUGCAGGUGGGUUCGGGGUGCCACGUCCUCCACGACUACCUAGUAGCGUUCGACGGCAACACGACCAGGGCGCCCGUGCUGGCCACGCUGUGCAAGGGCGGCGCCCCGCUCAGCGGCAUCACCUCCAGCGGGUCAGACCUGUUGCUGCUCUUCCACGCGUCGCCCUUCGACUUCCCGUUCCAGGACUCGCCGCGGCGGAGAAUAUUCGGCUUCGAGCUGGACGUCGAGGUCGAGUUCGUGGACCGCGAGUCGACGGCCUACAUCCGCGAGGGCUCGACCUGCGACUACAUGGUGAGCAGCCGAGGCCAGCGCAGCGGGUACGUGCAGUCUCCGAAGCACUCGCUUCUCCCCAACACGACGUGCACGUGGCGGCUGCUGGCGGGGAGCACGGAGGUCGUGUGGCUCUACUUCCUGCACUACCGCCACGUCAACCACCCCGAGAUGCCGCCGCCCGCGCACUGCUCCAACACGCUCACCAUCCACGACGGCGACACGCGCACGCCCUUCCUGGAGUCGGCCUUCGCGCUGGCGGAGGAACCGGUCACUAAUAGCUCCCUGAACGCCUCCGCCGAGAACAGCACCUCCUCCUCCUCCUCCUUUUCCUCGGUGUCGCUCAUGGGCCAGUUCUGCCGGCCGGAGCGCCUCCCGCGAGUGUGCAGCGGCGUGCACGCGCCGGGCCCGCACGCGGCGCCCUGCCUCCCCGGCGAGAGCUACGUGUCGUCCUUGCCCGCCCUCACGCUCUCGCUGCACUACGCGGCAGGGACCGCCCCCGCCCUCCGGCAGUGGGGCGUGCAGACCCCGGGCGGCGGGCCGUGCGACCGCACCUUCCCCAUGCAGCCCGACCGCCUGUUCGCCUCGCCCAGGGACGUCUUCCUCUUCGGCCGCGGCGGCGCCAGGAAGCUGCGCUGCGUCUACACGUUCGAGGCGCGGCCGGACCAGCGCAUUUCGCUCCGCAUCCUGCGCUCUCGCAUGGGCUCCGCCUGCUCCACGGUGUACAAGCACUCGUCCCACAGGCACGAGUGCUCGCAUGACGGCGGCGAGGACAAGCCGGCGCGGGUCAGGUUGGAAGAGCCCUGGCACGGCGUGCAGCUGCCGCGGGCGUGCCUGUGCAACGUGUCGCACUCUCAGCCGUUCACGCUGGUCUCGUACACCAGCCAGCUGAGGGUGAUCUUCAGCGUGCCGGUCAUGACGCCCUCGAGCGACUACAACGACUUCUUCCUUGAGGGCGAGUACUCGAUGCUGCCGGCGCCCGACGAGGCCUCCCACCCGUCGUGCGUUCGCGGGAACCGGCGCCUGGCGGGCCGCUAUGGCAACUUCACGGUGGGCGCCGCCCGCGGGAACAAAUGCCUCUCGCUGCCCCGCCUCGUCACGGCCGCCGACGGCUCCUUCCUGUUCCUGCGGACGCGCGGUUUCGGGGCGUCGGAAACCAACUGCAACGCCGACGCCCGCAUCAACGUGUUCGCCGUGGGCGACCUCGCGCCCAUCGCCUCCAUCUGCCCGACGGAGGAGGGCGGCUUCACGCACGUGUUCAGCAACGGGUGGCGCGGGCCGGAGCAGGAGGCCAAGGCGGAGCUGGAGGCGGGGCGCGUGUGGAACGUCACCAGGAUGAACAUCGGCCAGAGCAACUACUUCUUCCACCAGCAGCAGCAGGAGCUCAAGAAGCGCGGCCGCCACCGUCAGCGCCACCGCCAGCAGGAGUCGCGCGACCUCGUCGUGGAGUACGUGGGUAACCUGACCGGCAGGUUCAUGCUGACGUGGGUGGGCGUGUGGCGGCCCAUGCAGACGGCGCCCCUCUCGCCCGUGGGCGUUGACCUGUGCCCCCAUCGGUGCCCGGAGAUCCAGGCAUGCCUCCCGGCGGAGCUGUGGUGCGACGGCUCCGUGCACUGCCCCUCCGGCAUGGACGAGGGCGCAGCCGCUUGCGGGCUUCUGGCCGCCCUCCCGUGGGUGUACCUGGGCGCCGCCGCCGUCCUCUUCAUCUCGCUGAUGGCGCUGCUGGCGGCUGUGGUGGUGCACCGCAAGCGCACGCGCGCCCAGAAGGAGGCCGAGGCGUCCAUGGUGGCCAACAACAGCCACGGCCUGAAGAGCACCACGCAGGACUUCCUCAUCCCGCCCGACAAGGACCCCUGGUGACAGGACGCCCAUUCUGACGAUGUCGUGUGCGUGGACUACGAGACCACGGUGUAGGUCACGUGACCCUAGAUCGAGGGCUGCGGGUCAGGUACGGGAUGUCGUUGGGAUGGGACGGCCUAAAGGGAAAAUAGAAUAAAGAGAUAUAUUAUAUAUAUAUUUACUCCUGUACAUAGACCUCUGAGAACAUACAACUCUUGCAAUUUUCAUACCUGUAUAUAUGUACACAGCCGUUAAAGUUUUCUACCUAUAUACACCAUUGUUACAAAAACACAAAGAAAAAGAAACAGUGAAUGGUACUAUUUAAUGUGAAACAAUACUUUAUAUGUGCGUAUGAAUGAUGAGAAUAAUGUAAAUAACUGACCUUUGUUUUAUUCUGUGAUGCAGUUCAAAGCCGGAUGAUGAUAAUGAUAUUGCUGAUUCUAUGAUUCGAACUUAUAAUUUGUGAGGUGUGUCCGGUUUAAAGGGAAAAUAAUGAAUAAAUAAACAAGCGAAUGAAUAUUUCAUCCUUGGGUGUCAUGCUGAAACAAAACAAAACAAUACAAAAAAAAAAAAGAUAUCCUGUUUAUACUGUUUGAACAUUUUUCGGACCAAAGAUUCUAUAUAUACAUAUAUAUAUUUUGGUUUGUCUUCCUUUCUGCGAGCCCAAGAGAAAAUGAUAGUAAUAAUAAUGUUAAAAAAAAAAAACACAAACACUAAAUACGUGCAGAGACAACAUCUGUUUAUUUAUUUAGUAAGUUGUAGAAGAAAAAAAAUGAACGAAAAAAAAAAGGCAUAGGUUUAGGGGUAUAUUUAGUAUUGCCAUAUAUCAGGUAUUUAUUGCGUGUAGGUACAUUCGAUCCCUGUUGAAGUUAUGGUGGUUUUAUAUGAACGUGUGAGAGUGUGUUACAGUGUAUGUUACGAUGUUACAGUGACGCUCUGCUGUAUCUGUCGUUGGUUGUUAA